GGGGGGACCCAUGGCGCAGAUCCAGGCGCUGGACCACAUCGAUGCCACCAUCUCAGCGAUUGGGACAGGCGCCGCGGGCGGGCCUCGGCAGGUGCCGUCGAUGCCGCUCCAGGAGCCCUUUUCCGUCUUUCUGCCGCCGCCCUACCGCAUCCUCUUUCUCAUUGCGCUCGGCCUCCUCUGCUGGUCAGCCAACCUGCGCGGCAUCCGGAGGCUGGGCCUCGAUGCAGAGGGCCUCGUCUCGGGCCAGAGCAAGCUGCGCGUCCUGCCGAGUCACCACCGGAGAGACGACGACGACAACAACAACAACAACAACGGCCAGACACGCUCGUCGCUCAAUGGCAGCGCUCUGUCAUCGACAGCUACCCUCGUCGGGGGUCCCGAAUCUGUCGACGGCGCCGACGGCGGCACGGCAAGCUUUGGCGUCUUUCUCAAGGACCCCGGUCCCCAGGAGGCAGCCGGCUUCAGCAUGGGCCUUACAUGCAUGAUCUGGGUCCUCGUCUGCUGGGUGGCCUACCGCCUCUAUGCGUUCCACACCAUCUUUUUCGGCGGCGAUGCCAUUGGCGGCUUCGCCCACGCCCGCGGCCGCCACGCACAGGCAAUGCAGGCCAUUGCCAUCUUUGGCGUCGUCGUCGUCACCGUCUGGCCGGGCGACGUCAUGUACCGGUCGCUGCGGCGCGCAUUCGCACGCAAGCUCAUCCGCAUCUGCGUGCCCUCGCUCCGCCAGAAGAUCCACUUUGCCGACGUGCUCCUCGCCGACAUUCUCACCUCGUUUGCCCGCGUCUUUGGCGAUCUAUGGCUGACGAUGAUCUUUCUCUGGCCCAAGUCCGACUCGCACGUGUGGUGGAACGGCAAGGGGAGCAUCGCCGUGCCGCUCCUCGUCAGCCUGCCGUACGUCGUCCGGUUCCGCCAGUGCCUCUCGGAGUUUGCGACGAUGCAGCCGCCGCCCGGCCAGUCAAAGACGCUCCGGCCGCUGGCCAAUGCGGCGAAAUAUGCCAGCGCCUUUCCCGUCAUUUGGCUCAGCGUGCUCCAGAGCGAGGCCACCACGUCGUCGCUCCAGGACGACCCGACGUCGAGCGGCGCCUCUUCGAUGUUCUUCUACAUGUGGGUCCUGUCUGUCUUUGCCAACAGCAUCUUCUCCUUCUGGUGGGACGUGACAAACGACUGGGGCCUCGAGAUGCUUCGGUGGGAGACAUGGGCCAGCACCUCGACGCGCGUUGCCCGGGGCGUGACGUCGCUGCACAAGCGCGGCCUCAGCUCCCUUCCCGUCGGCUUCAGCCUCUCGUCGUCCAACGGCGGUGGCAGGCCAUCCGACCAUGGGGACCACGCGGCCCGGCUCUCGCCCACCGGCGUCCACCGGCCUCACCACAUGGUCGGCGGGUCCUCGUCGCAUCACCGGCGCGACCGCAGCUCCUUUCUGCGCUCGCCCACCUACGUCAUGCUCUUCCCGCCCAUCGUCUACCAGCUCGCCGUCGUGGGCGACCUGAUCCUCCGCUUUGCCUGGUCGCUCAAGCUCUCGUCGCACCUGCACCACAUCAUCGAGCUCGAGUCGACGGCCUUCUACCUCGAGGCCCUCGAGAUCCUCCGCAGACUCGUCUGGACCUUUCUCCGCCUCGAGUGGGAGGCGUGCAAGCGCCGCGCAUGGAACUCGGCGGGGAGCAUGGAGUCGCUCACCCUCUCGACGCUCCGCGGUGGCCCGCACUCAUCGUCGUCAUCGUCAUCGCCAUCACCACCACAAGCAGCAGGCCCCACCAUUGCGGCGCACGCACCGCCGCCAUGAUGUUCCUUUCGUCUUCUUUGCC